AUGGACCCGAUCACGGUAUGGAGGGCUCUCCUCCUCCUCUUCCUGCUUCUCGAGCUUGCAUCCUCCGACGACAGCGACUUCGUCUUCAAUGGAUUCAGUCGGGCUCGGGGCAAUCUUAGCAUGGACGGCAUGGCGGAGAUCACUCUUGAUGGCCUUCUGAGGCUGACCAAUGGCACCAACCUAAAGGGCCAAGCCUUCUACUCUGCUCCCCUCCAAUUCAAGAAAUCUCCUGCAGGACGAGCCUCCUCCUUCUCCUCCACCUUCGUCUUCGGGAUCCUCGCCGGCUACUCCCAGCUCAGCGGGAAUGGCAUCGCCUUCGUCAUCUCGCCGUCCAAGGACCUCCGCAGGAACUUCGGCUACCAGUAUUUGGGGAUACUCAGCCCGUCCACCGACGGCAACUCCACCAACCACCUCGUCGCCGUUGAGCUCGACACCAUCUACAACCCCGAUUUGGCGGACAUCAAUGAUAACCAUGUCGGGAUCGACGUCAACAGCGUGGUAUCCAUUAAUUCCUCCGCAGCGGGGUACUUCGCCAACGGGACCGAUAUUUUCAAGAACCUCUCGCUGAUCAGCGGCGACCCGAUGCAGGUCUGGAUCGACUUUGAUGGCACCGAGAUGCAGCUUAAAGUCACCCUCUCUCCACUGGGAGUGAUUAAGCCCCUCAUCCCUCUCCUGUCCUCGACGGUCAAUCUCUCUGAAAUUUUUCUCGAAGAGAUGUUCGUGGGUUUCUCUUCCUCUACGGGCUCCUUCUCAUCCUCUCACUACAUUCUCGGCUGGAGCUUCAAGAUGAACGGGGAGGCUCGGCCCCUCAACAUCUCCAGCCUCCCUUCGCUUCCUAGCAGAAAAACCAGGCAUAACAGACUGGCUCUGGCCCUGUCGUUGUCGCUGGGGAUAGCCCUCCUGUUGCUGCUGGCAAUUUCUGCGGGACUGUUCGUCCUGGCGAGGAAGAUCCGAUACUCUGAGCUGCUUGAAGACUGGGAGGAAGAGUACGGGCCUCAGCGGUUCUCAUACAAGGACCUGUACGACGCGACGAGGGGGUUCAAGGAAGCGGAGCUCUUGGGCGUGGGGGGCUUUGGGAGGGUGUACAGGGGAGCCCUUUCCAGCUCCGGCAUGGAAAUCGCGGUGAAGAAGGUCUCGCACGAGUCCAGGCAAGGAAUGAAGGAGUUCAUCGCAGAGAUCGCGAGCAUCGGUCGGCUCCGGCAUCGGAACCUCGUCCAGCUCCGAGGAUACUGCCGGCGGAAGGGAGAGCUCCUCCUGGUCUACGACUACAUGCCCAACGGCAGCCUAGACAAGCUCAUCUUCGACCAAAGGAGACCGACCUUCGACUGGAAACAGCGGUUUCACGUCCUCAGAGGCGUCGCUUCGGGGCUCCUCUAUCUCCACGAGGAGUGGGAGAAGAUCGUCAUCCACAGGGACGUCAAGGCCAGCAACGUGCUGCUGGACGGCGAGCUGAACGGGAGACUGGGAGAUUUCGGACUGGCUCGACUGUACGACCACGGGAACUACCCGAUGACGACUCACGUCGUCGGCACCGUCGGGUACCUCGCACCUGAGCUCACGAGGACCGGCAGGAGCACGAAGCAGGCUGAUGUCUACGCAUUCGGGGCCCUGCUUCUCGAGACGGCUUGCGGGAGGAGGCCAAUAGAGCAAGAGGCCCCAGAGGAGGAGGUGCUGCUGCUGGGCUGGGUGCUGAAGAACUGGAGAAAGGGGACCAUUCUGGACUGUGCGGACCCGAAGCUGGAGGGGAAGUACGAGGGGAAGGAGAUGGAGUUGGUGCUGCAACUCGGGCUGCUCUGCUCCCACCCGUUGCCGCCCAAUCGGCCGAACAUGAGACAAGUGAUGCGCUAUCUCGACGGCGACGCAUCCCCACCGGAGCUGUCGUCAAUCUACCUCGACGGCGGCGUACUGGAAGCGCUGCAGAACGAGAUAUUCCACCGCAUCAACACGUCGUCUCUUUCCUCCAUCUCCGCCGACGCGUUUCCUCUCAGUGGACCGGGAUUCCACUCCCUGAAACCCGGCGACGGUAGCUCUACUAGCAAGAGCAGGGAAAGGGGUAUGAUUGUGUAA